CAAGAAACAAAAACAAAGACAAAAAAUAGUGUUUGUACUCCUUGGAAGAAGAAUGUGAGGAAGGAGUUAGGAGUCCAUCAAGACACUCAAAGCUGGCGCCUUAUUUCCCCUCUCAUCGUCAUCAUCAUCAUCAUCAUCAUCAUCAUCAUCUGCUACAACUCCUUCCCUUCCGCCAUUAAAACUCACCUCUUUUCUCUCUCCUCCAACCCUAAUUUCUUCCUCUCUCUUCACAUUUCACAUCUCCAUUCCCCCAAAUUAAAAACAAACCCUAAUUUCACCAAAUCAAGCAUCCAAAUCUCACCCUAAAACAAAUCAAAUGAAACCCACUGGAAAAUUAUUUACGAUCGGAUUGAUAACCUUCUGGUACUCCUCAAAUAUCGGUGUAAUCCUAUUGAACAAGUAUUUGUUGAGCAAUUAUGGAUUCAAAUAUCCGAUUUUCCUUACAAUGUGUCAUAUGACAGCUUGUUCUCUCCUGAGUUACAUCGCCAUUGUUUGGUUGAAGGUUGUUCCAAUGCAAAUGGUUCGAUCUCGCGUUCAAUUUGCGAAGAUCGCCGCCCUUUCCGCCAUCUUCUGCGCCUCUGUCGUCAGUGGUAACAUCUCUCUUCGCUAUCUCCCUGUCUCUUUCAAUCAGGCUGUCGGUGCUACGACGCCGUUUUUUACCGCCAUUUUUGCUUAUUUGAUGACCUUCAAGAGGGAGGCUUGGCUCACUUAUGUCACUCUCAUUCCUGUUGUUACUGGCGUUGUCAUUGCCAGUGGGGGAGAGCCCAUGUUUAAUUUGUUUGGAUUUAUAAUGUGCGUUGGAGCGACUGCUGCAAGAGCACUUAAGACAGUGCUUCAAGGAAUCUUAUUAUCUUCUGAAGGGGAGAAGCUCAAUUCUAUGAAUCUUCUUAUGUACAUGGCUCCUAUAGCUGUUGUUUGCCUUAUUCCUGCAGCACUUAUAAUGGAGAAAAAUGUAGUUGGGAUCACUGUAGCUCUUGCAAGAGAAGAUCUAAGCAUUGUUUGGUAUCUGCUCUUCAAUUCUGCACUGGCCUACUUUGUGAAUUUGACCAACUUUUUGGUGACCAACCACACAAGUGCAUUAACUCUCCAGGUUUUGGGAAAUGCCAAGGGAGCUGUUGCGGUUGUAAUCUCAAUUUUGAUCUUUAGGAACCCUGUAUCAGUGACUGGAAUGCUUGGCUACUGCCUCACGGUAAUAGGAGUUAUUCUCUACAGUGAAGCCAAAAAGCGGAGCAAAUAAGACUUCUCAUAUCAUCCGUAGUUGAUUAGAUUUAGGCCAGCCAUGUUGCAGUCUUCAACUCUGGGAACUUUGGCAAGCAUGUCCACACUCCAGUAACCUGAAGACCCAAAAUGAAACUAUUUUGUUAAGCGGAGUUUUAUUUAUGGCUCGAGACAGUGACUUUUGCAACUGUUAAAAGUGGAAAUCGUUCUGUUUUCAGCUACUGUCGUUGUAAUAAAUAAUUACUCCGUAGUAAUUUAUUUAGGGAAAAACAUUGAAUAUUUUUAGUCGCAGCACUCGUCAGUUCAAUUUUUUCGUGAAACUCAAAAAACCGUUGAAUUAUUUAUACAGGAAAUAUUUUUGCCGUCUAAAA